UCUAUGGAAAAGGUAAACAAUGUGACAGAGUUCAUUUUCUGGGGCCUUACUCAAGACCUAGUAGUUGAAGAAGUGUGUCUAGUGGUUUUCUCCUUCUUCUACACAGUCAUUCUUCUAGGAAACCUGCUCAUCAUGCUGACCAUCUGCUUGGGCAAUCUUUUGAAGUCACCCAUGUAUUUCUUUCUCAAUUCCUUAUCUUUUGUGGACAUUUGUUAUUCAUCAGUUACAGCACCCAAGCUGAUUUUUGAUCUCUUUGCAGAGAAGAAAAGAAUCUCCUAUGCAGGAUGUAUAUUACAACUCUUUGGGGUUCAUUUCUUUGGAUGCACAGAGAUCUUCACCCUUGUUGUCAUGGCUUUUGACCGCUACGUGGCCAUCUGUAAGCCUCUACACUAUAUGACCAUCAUGGAUAGGGAGAGAUGCAAUAAAAUCUUGCUGGGCACCUGGGUGGGUGGGUUCGUGCAUACCAUAAUCCCAGUGUCUCUGGUUGUCCAGCUCCCCUUCUGUGGACCCAAUGAAAUCAAUCACUACUUUUGUGAUGUCCACCCUGUGUUGAAACUUGCCUGCGCAGACACACACUUCAUUGGGAAUCUUGUGACAGCUAACAGUGGGACCAUUGCACUGGGCAGUUUUGUCAUCUUGCUGAUCUCCUACACUGUCAUUCUGGUGUCUCUGAGGAAGCAGUCAGCAGAAGGCAGGCGCAAGGCUCUUUCUACCUGUGGUGCCCAUAUUGCUGUGGUCAUCAUCUUCUUUGUGCCCUGUACUUUUACCUAUAUGCGCCCUGAUGUGACUUUCACAGAGGAUAAGAUGGUGGCUGUGUUUUACACUAUUAUCACCCCUAUGCUAAAUCCUAUGAUUUAUACCCUACGGAAUGCUGAAGUUAAAAAUACCAUGAAGAAACUGUGGUGCAGGAAGCUUUUCCUGGACAGCAACAAGAAAUAG